AUGUCCGCUCCACCCUCUCCUCCGCCGCCGACACCGCAAGCAUCGCAAGAUGUUCCGCCACAACUCGACCCCCUACAACCCGCCCCUCUCUCGUCAGAAUCUCAAGGGGGCCAACCGUCAUCGUCGCCACCGGAUAUAUCGGCGCCGCGGGUACCUGCGUCUGAUGGGGCUCCACCCCCAUCAGACGAAGCCGUGAGGACCAUCCCGCGUCCAUCCUACCAAGAAAGACAAGAGCCAGGGUACUUCUUUAAUCUUCUUGGAAUAGGGAGAUUGAGAGAUGACAGGAAGCCGCUUCAGGAUGUUAUAACGAAGGUGUGGAGGACCAGAACCGCAUGGGCUACCACCCGGUCAUCUUACCAAGAGCUUCCUGAGGAAGAAAGGAUUACCGCGGAGGCCGAUUUACAAGCCAGACUUCGAGAGCUCUACCCCGCCCCUAGCUAUACUGCGAGCCAGAUAGAGGCAUGUAGUGAAUGGUUGCCCGGUUUUCUGCUCGCCAAAAGACAUAAAGAUAGGAGAAGGGGCGCGGCCGCGCGGCGUCCAGUACAGCAAGAUUAG